GCCAUGGGGACAGUACCAAGUCAUGGAAGUCGGCGGGGAAGAGAAGCUGCAAUUUCCGUCCCGCGUAGAGGGAGUUUCGCGGUGGGGCCGGCAACGACCUCAGAAACUUUGGUCGAGCAAGUCAAUAACUGUUUGUUAUUGACUUCUCGCGUCGACUGUCUUCAAUGAAUUAGGGAAAGUUGAAUGACGAGCUUAAGGAACGGAGGGUUGGAUAAGCAGUUGGCAGCUGAGAAAGCGGUCGCUGCGAUUGGAUUGGGAUAUGAUGUUUGCAGGGACGUUCGAUUGUCGGGAUGCAAGGACAGAGUCGUCGACCUUCCCAAUAACCGGAGCAAGGCCCUCGUCUUCCCCGGCGGCGUUACUGUUCCCGACGUUUCUGCAUCCAUCAAGUGCCAUCCUGGGGAAAGCUUCAGAGAUUUCUCCCAAGUUCUUUCCUUCCAUCAGAUGUCUGAACAAUUUAAUUUAGCACUAUCUUUAUCUGGGAAGGUUCCGUCUGGCUUAUUCAAUGCCAUGUUUGACAUGAGGGGCAGUUGGAAGAAAGAUGCAGGUUCUACUAAAACCCUUGCAUUUGAUGGUUGGUUCCUAACUUUGUAUAGUGUUGAGUUAGAUAGAGCCCACCUAACCCUCUCUGAGCAUGUGAAAAACCAAGUGCCUACUUCAUGGAACCCUGCUGCCCUUGCUGAGUUCAUUGAGAAAUAUGGCACCCAUGUUGUUGUUGGGGUGAAGAUGGGAGGUAAGGAUGUGGUUCAUAUGAAGCAGUUCAAAAGCUCACAUCUUCAACCCACUGAAGUGCAGAGAUUGCUUAAGAAAGAAGCUGAUAAGAGGUUUUCUGAAGACGGAGAUGCAUGUUCCGGCUCUGAUCAAGCUGGAAUAUCAGUAACAUUCAAGGAUGAUGGAGAUGAGCCAUGGAAGGUUGAUGUAGCUCUUGCUGCAGCAGUUAGACCAAUUGUAAAAAGUCACUCAACCAAGGAGGAUCUCAUAAGCAUUUCUGUUCGAAGGGGAGGUGUUGUUGGCAUUCACCAGCACCAUAAGGACUGGCUUUCUACCAUAUCACAGUCACCUGAGGCCAUAUCAAUGCUGUUUGUGCCUAUUACUUCACUGCUUAGUUCCAGUCUGGGCCAUGGGUUCCUAAGCCAUGCAAUGAGUUUGUAUCUCAGAUAUAAACCCCACAUAGAUGAACUUCGUCAAUUUCUUGAAUUUCAGUUGCCUCGGCAAUGGUCUCCACUGUAUGAUGAUGUGCUUCAUGGAUUUCGUCCUAGAUGCCAAAAGAACAAAGCGCCAUCACUCCAGUUCACCUUGUUCGGAUCCAAGCUUUAUGUUAACACCAUAAAGGUUGACUCUGGAUAUUGUCCUGUUACAGGUAUUCGCUUGUUCUUGGAAGGCAGAAAGAGUGACCAUCUGGCUAUCCAUCUGCAGCAUCUUUCAAAUCUUCCACAAAUCCUUAAAAUCUCUUAUGAUAUGGGUUGUGAAUCUAAUGAUGAGCCAGUUGACAAAGCCUACUUUGAACCUGUGAAGUGGAAAAGGUUUUCACAUGUCUGCACAGCGCCAGUAUUGUACAAUAGUUCCCUUGAUGAUGAGCCCCCAGCCAUUGUAACGAAGGCCUGGCUUGAGGUCAAGCAUGUGAAAAGGAGAAAAGUUCUUUUCUUGAGGCUUGGAUUUUCCCUGGUAGAAUCAGCAGAAAUUUAUAGAUCAGAAUGGGAUGGAUCUCCGUUUCCAUUUCGAAAGUCAGGGUUCUUUUCAGCAUUGAUGAGCACAAUGCUGACCAAGGAACUGCAUGACGUGAUUGAGAAUGAAAAGCCGACUGAAGAUAGCAUAAAACCGAUAGUUUAUAAUGGUGAGUCUGGUACUGAGGCACCUGUUCCGAUAAAGGCCCCAGAAAUGCUCAGCUUUGUGGAUACGAAGGAAAAAGUAAGGGGUCCAGAAGACACGCCUGGAUAUUGGGUGGUCACUGGAGCCAAACUCUGUAUAGAGGGAGGCAAAAUCUCCAUCAAGGCCAGGUAUUCAUUGUUAGCUAUUAUGUCAGGAGAUUUUGUGACUACAUGAGCAAACAGACAUCUCUUUGUACAUUUAGAUAUUUGUAAAUCUGACGUGUACCUUCAUUUAUCAUUAAUCUAGUUUCCAUUUUGGUCCUUCAAUUGCACGGUAUGAUUUAUUCUUUUCUAAUGAAUACCUGUAUGAACAAAAUUUUGUAUU